AUGCAUUUUUAUAAAUACGGUGUUUUGAUUAAUCAGCUCAGCGAUUCGUUUGAGUGGAGAGUCGCAUUCUUGGAUGGAUCUGUCAGUGAUCAUUGUUGCAUCACCGUUCCUUCGGAAAAGUUUAACUUUCCGCCGACUCCAGGAGCAACUGUUAAAGCCAAAUUUGAACACGCGAACAGCUUUUUGCCAUCGCUUGUCGCACAAUGUGGCAGUUUUGAAUGGUUUCGUGAUGUAACGGUGGUGAAUUCCAAAGUUGUGAUCUUCGCUAUUGUGCACUUCUCAAAUGAAUGUCUAGAAAGAGAUCCAUUUAAAAUAAAUGGAAUGGAUUACAGCAUUAUCGAGAACGAGAAUACGGACUUUCAAAAGAUUGUACUUCCAACUCGUGUGCUUCAAACCUCAAUCACAAGUAGAUCAAAUUUGCAAAACACCGACACUCCUUUUAUUUAUCGAAUCGGCGUAUGCUGGGAGCCAAUAAGUUUUGAAAACGGCGUGACUGUCAAUUGGAGAUAUUAUGCUGAUUUUCCAAUUACUCCCAUUUUCGAGCUCUACUACAGAGAAACCACUUUGCCUUAUAUCGCCGAGUCAAUGGUAUAUGGAGUUUUGGAAGGAGUCGUUAUCGCUGAAAAUGAUCACGGAGCACUUUUUUGGACACCGAAAAUGGGAUGCGCCAUUUUACCAAGCACGUCUCUUGACACUCCAAUGCCUUCCCUCGGAAGUGUUCAUGUGAUUCUCGUAAAACGAUGUAUCCCCGAAAAUUCGUUUGGUUUCUCUUGCUCAUACGAGUUACUCUCCAGUUUUCGUUCAACGGAAUGGCCGAAUCUGAAAGUCAUCACUGAUCAGAUCACCAGAAAAGUAUACAUUGAAGCGAAUGCAAGCUGCCGCAGUAUGAUGGAGAAUCAAGACUUUCCAAGUAUGAAUGUUCCACAUAUCGGGAAAGUGUUCAGAGGUUUACAACAGUACCGUGAUAAACUUUCUGCCGGUCAUCUCUACGAUUUUCGAAUGGAAUUUCAGAAAGAAGAAGGCUCCUUCGUGCCAACGAUUGUGGAUCUAUGCCUGGAAGAGGACGAGAUGGUUGAUUGUCGAGUCGUCUACAUUUCCAAUGAAACGAGCACUUAUUUUGCAGUUCUGGAUCCGUCAAGUAACUCGUUUGAUCGCUUCAAACAGAGCAUCGAUUACAUUGCAAUCCCAUUCCGAGUAUUGUUUUGUGCUAAUGGUGUACAUGUGAAGAAUGAGGAAUUGUUACUGAAUUCGUACAAGGUCAGAGUUAGAGUUCCGAGAAACCGUCACGACGUUGUGAAUGCCAUUCACGUUGAACACGUUAUUCAAAGUCCAAAAGAUCCAGCAUAUUUUAUAACGAAUGGCUCCGUAUGGCUUCGAACUACGGUUAAAUUUCAAAACGCCUCCAGAUACGAGCUUCUCUGUCCUCUCCUCGAGCAGAAGAUUAUCGAUGUGAAUGGUGUCACUGCAGCGAUGUCUCUGACACAAGAAUUCACGGUCCACGCUCAAUUCGUUUUGAUGGAGAGAAACGUUCCUGUUUUUGUUGUUCGGCAACUGGCUUCAACUGUUCGUGAGCAUCCGAGAACGACGAAUUACCCAUCCAGAAGUCUCAAUUUGUCUUACGAAGUUUCCGGAGCUUUGGCAAGAACCAAUCCAAACGGUCAAUUAUCAGCUGCUGAUAAUAACAUUGUCUUAAUUAACGAUUCCAUCAGUUUGGAUCACAAUCUGCCCGACACCGGAGAAUAUCCAACAAUUCUGAACGAGUCAUCAUUCGAAAGACAGCUCUUGUUCGACAAUCAAAGUAUCGCGGAUAGUGCUUCAACUUCCGGAGAUUUCAUUUUAACGGAAUCAGUUUAUGAAUCAUCCAGUGCUGCUUCAACUUGUACAGUCAUCGACAGAAACGACGCGAGAUUUUCUGCGUUAAAUGAUGACUCCAAUAUUCUCAUCUCCGAAUCCUGGCUUGAUUCGACAAAUCAGCAUUCAGAAACAACUAUGGAUACUCCUGAGAUCAUAACUGAGUCUUUCUACGAAUCCACUCAUGAUCAAGCUUCUAGUCGUGCAUCAACUGUGGACAGACUAGCUUCAGAUGUUGAUAAAAUUAGCAUUGGUCGUCCUGAUUAUUCACCUCCACCAAGACGUCGAAUAUUCGGAUACAGUACUCCCGGUGAUAGAGUAAGACCGAGAAACAGUUAUGGCUCGAGUUCCAGUGGAUCAUUAAACGGACGCCCAAAACGUCGUGCUCCAUAUGGAUUCAGGCAGAUCAGGAAUAUCACGCCGCAUAAUGUGCUACUGAGAGAUAUUAUCUAUAAUAAUAUAAACAAUCGAAAAAUGUUUGUUGAACAGAAUAAAAAUGCCAUUCUCAAAUGCUGGAAUCGUUUACCGCUGGCGCAAGUGACACGAACAACGAAACUUUCAGUUACAGUAAUCGCCGUCGAAAGCAUUAAAUUUCCACCAUCGUUUGAUGAGACUUGCAUCAAAGGACUCGUACGUUUCGUUGCUCUUGGUGUUGGUGUUGAUAUUAACCUCAGAAACAUGUCUAUCGUCGUUCCGAUCGGAGGAAAGUUCAAUAAUUUGCCAAAGUCGUUCCAGUUGGGAGAAACGUACAGAGUUUAUCAUUUUUCAUCCAAAGUUGAUCGCAUUUGUCGGCUCGGCGGAUUCUCUUUUGGUCUGAAAGGAGGAAUGCGAAACGAGGAACCACCUGAUCGGAAUAAUUGGUUUUCCGACCCCCAAACUGUAAAUGGUCGCGACGGACAAAGUUAUUUGCGAUGCACUGUAAAUGCAGAAAGACCAGCGAAUGCAGAAAUCGAGAGUGACUUUUUUGAAUUGUGGUCUACCACAGCUCUUCCUGGUUUCAUUAUUGUGGAAAAAGUACCACAAUUGAUGAAACAUUUGAACGAAGAACUACUUGAUCCAGAUGUGCAUUCUCGGUUUACCUAUUCUUGUGUUAUUGAGCCGCUGGCUGGAGGUCCAGUGGAAGCAUCAAUUCUUAAGGAUUUGAAGUACGAUGAGGAGUUUUGCAUCUUCUGGAGACUUGUCGUAGAGUUCUCCGAUACUGUUCCAUUGCCCAGAUUGAUUAUAAAAUCUAAAAUCUAUGUGCCACCGCCACCUGUCGUCCCGGUUUAUGUUACCCCAUUCACUGUAAACGACUUUGGAUGCUGGGAAACACAUCGUAUCAAUUCGAUUCUGCAUCAGGCGAGAAUUGACAGACUUCGUGCUGCAGGCCAUAUGAGAGUCAAAAUGCUUGAUGGACCAGAUAUGAAACCAGAAAUCGAAAUCCGAAAAGUCGAUGUGAAUACGAGACGAGAGAAAAUGUUCACAGCGUUUGAUGCACUUCUGGAGAAGUUGCCACAACUUCACAGCGAAGGAAUUCUCGAAUACGUCCUGGAGGAUGAUUUGCGAGAAAAGAUCGAAUAUUUGUUGCCAAUGACCGAUGAUAAUCAUAAAUUCCAGUUCAGAGCAAGAAACGACUCGCUUACAAUUGGUCUGAACUACCUCACGGAUAUGCUGACCAAAGGGAAAGUAUAUAAGAUGUUGUACGAGAAACAAGAAUAUGUUCCUCUGCUUAAGGUGUUGUCAGAUUGCAUCGGUCUCAAUACAACUUAUAUCAAAAAAACUGAUGCAGUGACCAUGAUGCUGCAAUUCAUGUACCGAAACGAGCUACACACGUAUAUGUGAGAGAUCGACAUAAUUUUCAUACACGUUCUCUAUUUUUAUCCGCUCCCAAUUUUCAAAAAAUUUGGUGUAUUAUUUUGUUCCAAUUAUAAUAAAAUUAUCUACGCUUAAA